AUGUCGCGACAUAACACACGACCCAGCAAUGGUCUGAAAUUGCCAUUUGCUUUACAGCAAGAGUUGGGGCUUGAAGGCAGCCGACCGGGCGGGCGCCGACAACAUGGGCCAGUGACAGGCAGAAAAGAGCAGCGCAAGGCCGAGAGGCAGGAGCGGAGGCAGAACAUAAGAGGCUCAAAGCCUCAAGGACAGGUUGGUACCGGCGAUCAUGGAUAUGCGGAGGACAACGAAGAAAAGGACGCCCUGACAGAGACGGUCGUUCAACGAACUUCUGUGAACAAGACUGCGUCAAAGGCAAGCGACAGCAGAAAGGACAAGCCGCAACCGAAAUCGAUUCUCAAGAAACCUAGGAACCCGUCCCCAUCACUAUCAGAACCAUCAUCUUCGUACAGGUCACGGUCUCCGUCCCCUAGCCUCGUCCUCAAUGCCUCGUCCCAAGCAUUCAAAGAGCGGCUCGCGCAAGACGACGCAGAGAUCAGUGCGCUAGAAAGAAAGCUCGGACUGAAGAAAAACAAAUUGCCGAAAUCAUUUGCUGAGGAUGGAUUGGAUGAUCUACUCGCAGGAUUGGACGGAGGUGAUCAAGGAGUGAAGCGAAAGGGCGAGGAUGAGGGCUGGCUGGAGAGGAAGAGGCGAAAAGCAACCGCGCCACCCCAUGAGAGCGAUGACGAAGAUGAAGAAGGUGGAUUUGACCUUGGUGAUGAGGAUUCUGAGGAAGACCUCGACGAUAUAGACGAGCUAGACCCGGACGAAGACGAGAAUGAGGCUUUGGACGAGGAUUUUGACUCGCGAGAGGAAGACGACUUCGAUGAUUUCGACUUGGAGGAGGAAGAAGCGCCCCGUCCUCCUGUAAAGAGGGUACGAGAGAAUCCCUACGUUGCACCAGUUUCGCCUAGUGCCACGACGGCCAAAUAUAUCCCACCCUCUUUGAGAAAGGUGCAAAAUUCCGAAGGCCCAUCCUUGGAACGAUUACAACGACAAGUCCAAGGCCACCUCAACAAGCUUUCGGAGGCCAACCUGGUGUCUAUCCUGGGCGAGAUCGAAAAGAUCUAUCAAUCAAAUCCCAGACAAGACGUGACGUUUGUCCUGAUCGACCUCCUGCUGACACUUUUUUGCAACAAAGCGGCACUGCAAAACACGUUCGUCAUCCUGCAUGCAGCAUUUGCUGCUGCGGUAUACAAGGUCAUCGGCGUCGACUUCGGGGCAGAGCUCCUUUCACAGUUGGUCGACCGUUUUGAUCAAUACCAUGGCGAUUCUGCUGCGACAGGAAAGGAGUCGCUUAAUUUGACCAGUCUGUUGUCCAACAUGUUCACGUUUCACGUGGUCAGCAGUACCAUCAUAUUCGACCAUAUCCGUCUGUUGCUGGAGAGACUGAGCGAAUCCAACACCGAACUUUUGCUUCGGCUGGUCCGAGAUUGUGGGCCCCAGCUUAGACAGGACGACCCGUCCUCGCUCAAAGCCAUUGUGCAACUGAUGCAGAAAGAGACUGCGCGGAUGACCGCAGCUGGAGAUCAGAUGAGCGUUCGGACCAAGUUCAUGAUCGAAACCAUAACGGACUUGAAAAACAAUAAGAUGAAGGCGGCGACGAACAAUGCUGGACUUUCUAGCGAACACAUCACACAGAUGAGAAAGGUGCUUGGGUCAUUGAACAACCGCGCCAUCAGGGGCUCUGAGCCGCUUCGGAUCAGCCGAGACGAUAUCAAGAAUAGCGACAAGAAAGGCAAGUGGUGGCUCGUCGGCGCCAGCUGGAAGGGCAAUGGCAGCGAUCCGUCGAAUACAACUCAACCUACUACGAUGGAUGAGAGCUCUAUCUAUUCUAACAUCCGCAGCGCUGGGUAUCAACCUCUCAACGACGGCGACGACGAUGCUAUAGACCUCCUGGCUCUCGCCCGGCAGCAUGGCAUGAACACGGACGUACGGCGAUCCAUCUUUGUCGCGCUUCUUUCGGCCGUUGACUGUCAAGACGCGCAUAUGAGACUGCUCAAGCUGCGGCUCAAGCGGGCUCAAGAGCAAGAAAUCCCUCGCGUGCUGCUACGCUGCGCGGCGGGCGAGAAUCCCUACAAUCACUACUACACGCUGGUGGCGAAGCGGUUGUGCCAGGACAAGCGGAUGCGCAAGGCAUUCCAGUUCGCGCUGUGGGGUUUCUUCCGACGAAUGGGUGAGACCCCCGAUCUGGAUGACGACGACGAUGUCGCCGAGGAAGAGAGUGUCGAUAUGAGCGAGAUCGCCAACCUUGCCAAAUUGUAUGCACAUCUCAUCCUCGAUGGAGCCGAGACGCUUGGUGUGCUCAAGGUUCUCGAUCUGGCAUACAUCAAGGAGCGCACCAGCAUGUUUGUCGAGCUGUUGUUGAUCAUGAUCAUGACUGAGGCGUCAGGGAAGAAGUCGGUGCUGGAGAAGGUGUUUCGGCGAACAGCAGAGACUCCGCAGGUCAUCAAACGGCUGCACUUCUUCGUCAAGAGGACCGUUCGCAAGUCGGAUUUGGUGUCGAGCGCCGAUGCUGAUGCUGUCAAGCAAGGUUGUAGAGUGGCAUUGAAUACCCUCAGUCGGCUAGAUAUCGGGACCGACGCGGGUGAUGAGUGA